AUGACCAUCCACUCCCUUAUAAGCUCCCUCCGCCACCGCCUCAACAACCCCACCACUGCUGCCCACUCGGAAACAGAAAAGGAAACCCUGCAAGCACGGUUUUGCGAUGUUUUUAUUAGAAUGUGGGAUUUGGGGUUUACUUCGUUUGGGGGGCCGCCGGUGCACUUUCAAAUCUUGCAUCGGAGGUUUGUGGAGGGGAAAGGGAGUUGGGGGAGUGGCGGUAGUGAGAGGGGAGAGAAUGGGGAGGGAGUAGGAGAAGGAGAGGGGAGGAAGUGGGUUGAUGAACAGACUUACCAAGAACUCUUCGCCCUAAAUCAAGCCCUCCCUGGCCCUGCUAGCACAAAAAUGUGCUUCUGCAUCGCCCUCCUACACGCCGGCAUCUUCCCUGCAACCCUCGCAUUCACCCUCUGGUCCCUACCCGGCGCCCUCACAAUGUUCGGUCUCGCCCUCGGCGUACACAACCUGCCGUCACGCCUCCCCGCCAUCGUGUACGCGCUGCUAUCCGGUCUCAACGCCAGUACAGUAGGUAUUGUGGCGCUAGCGGCUGUACAAUUGGCGGAGAAGGCGUCCAAGAUUCGGUUGACGAGGGGACUGGUCGUGUUUAAUGAGUCUGCUGAGUUGCGUUAUAAUGCGCUUUGGUAUUUCCCUGUGUUAGUCGCAAUUGGGGUGUUAGUGACGGUUGCGGAGGAUCUGUGGGAGGGACAAUGGGUGAGGAUGGGGAGGGAGAGGUGGGGGAAGAAGAGGGGUGGUGCUGGGAGGGAGGAGGAAGAGGUCGGCGGUGGGGGUGGGAGUGUGGUGCAGAGUAUCCCGAUGCAGAUUAUGAGACCGGAGGCUGCGGCUGUUAAGAGGAGGACCCAAGCGGGUGUUUCGAAUAUGGAGUCUGAAAGAGAGGAUACUACUGCUGUUGCUGCUACGCCUGCGAGAACGACACAAACUGUUAAUCGUGUCCACGCGAGUAACGAACCUACGAUAUCACCCGUACCGGAUACGACGACGCAUAAUAUAUCCGUUAAACUCGGAUUGUCACUCAUAGCAGGUUUCUUCACCUCCUUUAUCAUCAUCAUGGUCAUCAGAGCUACGCUCACAAACACCCGUCCUUUCAACCUCUUCUCAAACAUCUACGUCGUUGACCCCGGGUGGGUCUCGCCCCGCGACUUCCUCCUCGGCCUCGCCAUCAUCCAAGCGAUGCCCGGUCCCAACUUCAACUUCGCCGUCUACCUAGGCGCUCUAGCCGUCUCCUCCACUUCGACGCCGACCAUCAUCGGCGCUAUACUGGGCUUCAUCGGUAUCUUCUUCCCGGGCAUGGUGCUCGCAGUUGGCGUGCAAUCUGUGUGGCAAGUCAUGCGGACCAAGAGGUGGGUGUUGAGUUUACUAAGAGGUAUCAAUGCUACGGCCGUGGGAUUGGUUUUUACGGCUGUUUACCGGUUGUGGGAAAUUGGGUAUUUGAUGCCGGAGAGUAGUGAUGGAAAGAGUUUGGCCAGUGAGCCGUGGUGGGUUGUCGUGGCUGCCGUGGCAUAUGCCGAGACGGCUUGGUUUGGGGUUCCGCCUGCGGCGGCGAUUCUUAUUGGGGCUGUGCUUGGGUUGGCGUGGUAUGGGGCUGUGGGGCGUUAG